AUGCUUUCCGCACAAGAAAAGGAAGAAGGAGCUGAAGAUGGCAAGGCCACAAAGAAGUCGACGAAGGGCGAUCUUGCCCUCCGAGACCUCGAGGAGAAUCUAGUGCAGAAGGUGCAGAAGGUUUUGGCACGCUUGACGAAGAACAGCUGCCGACCUGCAUCUCUACAAAUCCUUUCAGGCUGGCACUCUGCAGAAGAAUGGGCAACCAAGGCCCGUGAGAUCUGCACUCAAGGCCACAAAGCGCGGUUCUGCGCGAGUGGGCAGCAGGUCUUAGAGGUCUUUGGCACCCACUUGUAUUUCCUUUGCGCGUGCCAUCGCCUUGCAAGCCAAGAAGAGGAGGGAUCUGAGCUAAAGCCGGGUCAAGGCUGGACAUUGGCUGAGAAGCUGUUAGCGAAGCUGCUACAAGAGUGGGGUGGCAAGAAGGAGUUCGACCAUUGGUGUCAAGCUGCGCUGAAAGCCUUUGUUGCGCGAGCACCACAAAUGCUGCUGAACUUGCCCUGGAGCAAAGCCAUCAAAGGUGCGAGGAAGGCUUUCGCACGGCGGAGCCAGUUGAUUUUCAUCCACACGCACUUGUUGCGGCCACUUCCGCCAGAGACGACCUCCAAGGAGGACGUUGCCACGCAAACGGUUUUCGCAGAUGGUUGUGCCAAGCUGUGCGCGGAGUUGAUGAUCUCUCUGGAGGCGUCAGAGGACAAAGCUGCAAGCCAGCAGAAGCUCAGAAAAGAAUGCCUUCAUACCCUCAAGGCCAUUCACAAGCUCCGACAGAAGUCUGGUGGGCUGCCACCUGAGAUUUCAGAUGCCAUCGCUGAAGCGCUUGCCAGCUUCCGGGAUUCCCUCCCGCAGAAGCGUGGCGAGGUCUACAACCUUUGCAUUCACCUUUUGCGUUUGGUUAAGGCAGAAGCUAUCCAGAAGAAUGAGAAGUCACAGAGGCCCAAGAAAGAACCUAGUUUAUCGAAAGGCAAAGAGCUUGCCGAAGCAUCCAAAGUCAAGGGACCGGAGAAGAAGCGGAGAGGCCGUGGUCGCAGCGCCAGCAUAAGCCGAUCACCCUCCCUUCGUCCUCAGUCGCCCUCGUUGAAACCGUCGCAGCCGAAAGCGAAGAGGCGGAAACAUCAGAAGAGCUGA